CCCCCCUGUCCCCCCCGCAGCGGCGGCAGCACCUCCGGGCCAAGAUGCCGGAGCAGAGCAACGACUACCGGGUGGUGGUUUUCGGCGCCGGCGGCGUCGGCAAGAGCUCCCUGGUGCUGCGCUUCGUCAAGGGGACCUUCCGAGACACCUACAUCCCCACCAUCGAGGACACGUACCGCCAGGUGAUCAGCUGCGACAAGAGCGUGUGCACCCUGCAGAUCACCGACACCACCGGCAGCCACCAGUUCCCGGCCAUGCAGCGCCUCUCCAUCUCCAAGGGCCAUGCCUUCAUCCUCGUCUUCUCCGUCACCAGCAAGCAGUCGCUGGAGGAGCUGAAGCCCAUCUACCAGCAGAUCGUGCAGAUCAAGGGCAGCGUGGAGAGCAUCCCCAUCAUGCUGGUGGGCAACAAGUGCGACGAGACGCAGCGGGAGGUGGAGAGCAGGGAGGGGGAGGCCAUGGCCAAGGAGUGGAAAUGCGCCUUCAUGGAGACCUCGGCCAAGAUGAACUACAACGUCAAGGAGCUCUUCCAGGAGCUGCUGAACCUGGAGAAGAGGAGGAACGUGAGCCUCACCAUCGACGGGAAGCGCUCCAGCAAGCAGAAGAGGACAGACAAAAUCAAGGGGAAGUGCAGCAUCAUGUAGAGAGCCCCGGACUGGCCCGUGCCCCCCCCUCCGGACCCCCCUUCUCCCCCCCCACGGCUGGACGUGGCAGUGGCAUCGCAGCGGGACCAUCCCCUUGUCCUCCGUGUGCCAUCACUGUGACUGUGUGGGGAUGCCCGCCCCUGCCCCGGGGCUGGGGGUG